CACGAGAGAGGCCACUUCCCUUCCCAGCUGCCCCCCCACCCCACCCACUGGACGCACAUCCUGUGCCUGGACAAGAGGGACAGGAGAGGGGGCCUGGAGUCACGGUGGCCUGGGGUCAGACCCAGGCUCCCCUGCAGAGACUAUUGGCAACUGUGCAGGGCUCCAGCCUGCCUUGGCCACACUGACGACUGGCCCACCUGCUGGCUCACCUUCGGAGGAACCGAGCGCCGCCCAGCUUCUUUCCUGCGGCAGGCCCAGAGCUGAAGCGCUGCAGCAUGGCGCGCGGCUGCCUCCAGGGCGUCAAGUUCCUCAUGUUCGCCUUCAACCUGCUCUUCUGGCUGGGAGGCUGCGGCAUCCUCGGCGUUGGCAUCUGGCUGGCUGCCACCCAGGGGAACUUCGCUACCCUGUCCUCCUCCUUCCCGUCCCUGUCGGCUGCCAACCUGCUUAUCGUUACCGGGACCUUUGUCAUGGCCAUCGGCUUCGUGGGCUGCAUCGGCGCCAUCAAGGAGCACAAGUGCCUCUUGCUCACUUUCUUUGUGACGCUGUUGCUGGUGCUCCUGCUGGAGGUCACUGUCACUGUCCUGUUCUUCGCCUACACUGACAAGAUCGACAGGUACGCCCAACGAGACCUGAAGAAGGGUCUGCAUCUGUACGGCACCCCAGGCAACGUUGGCCUCACCAAUGCAUGGAGCAUCAUCCAGACCGACUUUCGCUGUUGUGGGGUUUCCAACUACACCGACUGGUUUGAGGUCUAUAAUGCCACCCGCGUGCCCGACUCCUGCUGCCUAGAGUUCAGUGAGAGCUGUGGACUUCACGCACCUGGCACCUGGUGGAAGGCGCCAUGCUACGAGACGGUGAAGACAUGGCUCCAGGAGAACCUUCUGGCUGUGGGCAUCUUUGGGCUGUGCACGGCACUGGUACAGCUCUUGGGUCUGACCUUCGCUAUGACCAUGUACUGUCAGGUGGUGAAGGCGGACACCUACUGUGCAUAGUUUGCCCACUGCCUGCCACCUCUGCCUUGCCGCCAAAGGACACCGCCCACUGGGGAGAUGACCGUGUCCCCUCCUGCCUCUCCUGCUGCAGGACUCAGCACCAGCCCCCACCCCCACCCCCCACCCCCGGACUCUCAGUCAGUCCUGGGGAACACCAUGCUGGAGGGGAUGGCCCAGCGCUGGCAAUAUAGGCGGGACGGGGACAGGAAGGGCUUCUGGCGCUUUUCAUAUCCCCAUCCCCGCAUCCUCCAGAGAGCAGUGUUUGCGCCCCUGUUGGUCGGGGCUAUUCAUGGGUGGGGGUGGGGGUGGGGGUGAAAGGCCACCCACUGGUCCUGGUGCUCAAGGUGGGGCUGCAGCCCUGCCACCCACAUUCCACAGCAGAGCCGGGGCAGGCUCUGGGUGCAUCUUAAUAAAGUGCGUGGAUGACAGCCCCCCACCCUGGUGUCUGUUGCGGCCCUGACCCUCUGCCCACAGACCGUUUGGCCAUGGGACCCCCUAACAUGUGCCCGGUACCUGGGGUAGGGUUCCUGCACAUGCAUGGGACCAGCCAUGAAACCUCUGCAAACUGGGAUGCAAGAAGCAAGGCAAGGGCACCUCCCUCCCCUGAUGUGGGGUGGCCUCCAUCUAGCCCCAGGGCCUUACCUGCCCCCAGGGGGCCCUCCGCUCCUGUGAACUUUACCCCUUAACUGAUAAUCUGUAAUGGAUUCUGCAAAUAAAGUGGGCUGUCAGGAGUGGAGCAGUGA